AUGACCACCAAUAAGGAGAGAUGUCACUUCCAGGUGGGUGACUUCGUGGACAGUUAUGGUGGACAGCCGAACUUCAGGACUCCCAACAUACCCAAGAAGAUCCACCAGUGCCCUGUAUGCCCGUACACCACACCCAAUCGCUCCCACUGGAUUGUUCACUGCCGAACACACACUGGUGAAAAGCCAUAUUCAUGCUCAUACUGUCCAUAUGAGGCAGUUGCCAAGAGUGACUUGAAGAGACAUAUUAGAAUUCACACAGGAGAGAAACCUUUCUCUUGUCCUCACUGCCCAUAUCAGACUGCUGUCAGUGCAAGCCUCAAGAGACACAUUCUUACCCACACAAGACUUUGUACAUUUAACUUCAAGAAACUUAUAAAAACUUGGAAUCGUGACAAAGCUAUAAGGUAUCUUGAAGAUAUCAGAUUGAUAUGUUAA